UCCUUUCAUUGAUGAUCCGUGAGGAUUAAAUACAACAGAACCGUCACCAACGCCACAAAGGGACGCAACCCAUCGUGGAGACGUGCGAGCGUUUCGAACGGUUGCGAGGGGCAAACCGUACGCUAAUUACAAGGGAGGAUUAUUCCUAAAUAAUAGGAUUAAUUAAAUCCUAACAAUGAGUUCGGUAAUACUCACAAUCCGUAGGUCAAUAAUGGCUGGUUAUAGGAAUAAUCGGAGCAGUAGCCUUGUUGGAAGAGACAACUACAUGGGCGGCAGGCUAAGACAUCCUCUAUCUGUUAUCCCAAAGCUCACGGCAUCUAUUCUAAUGCCCCUUUCGCUAUCAUCUUUUCCUUGUUCUUGUUCUUAUUUUCUUCUUGUUAGAUAUGCCUUUCUAUCCUCCCGUAGAACUCCUCGCUUUCCACGAGUCACCGCGCGAGUUCUUCUUAACUACUGUCCACUAACUCGUCGACCGAACAUUUCUGCUUAACUCACCAGAAAUGGCCAUGCCGAUGCCGCCACCGCCGGCCGGGGCCGGGGGUAUGCCACCGAUGGGUCCGAUGGGGCCGAUGGGACCGAUGGGUCCGCCGCCGGCAGCCGACAUGCCUGGGAUGGGGACGAUGCCAGUGAUGCACGCGUCCUUCUUCUGGGGGCACCAAGCGCAGGUACUCUUCCGCGACUGGCCCGGAGACCGUGCCAGCGCCGGUAUGUAUGUCCUCUGCCUCAUCAUCGUGUUCACGUUCGCCGCGCUCGUUGAGGCCCUCUCCGCGGCGUCGAGGGGGGUCUCCAGCCGCCGGCCGGCAGCGGUGCUGGCGCUCACGGGGCUCCACGCGGUGAAGAUGGGGCUAGCGUACCUGGUGAUGCUGGCUGUGAUGUCGUUCAACGUCGGCGUCCUCCUCGCCGCCGUCGCCGGACACGCGAUCGGGUUCCUCCUCGCGCGGAGCGCCGUGUUCCGCCAAGCGACUCGGGGUGAUGCGCCACAGAACGGCGAUCUCACUCCCUUGGAGGCUGAGCUCAAACCAUGAGUGCUGGAAAUUGUUUUGUUAAGACCGAGAUGGAUACUGAAUAUGAAAAGCAUCUGUAUACUUUUUUUUAAGGGAAGCAUCUGUAUACUUCAUCCAAGAAAAUUACAGGAUUAUUCUAUUA